UUCACAUCUUUCGAAAUCAAAUUAUUUUGCGUUCAAAAACUAAAAUGCAUUCCUUUUAGCUAUAAACGUUCUAGUGCUAUUUGUUACACGAGAACGUUAAAUGUAACACACUUAGCGUGAUCCAUUCACGGGUGCUUCAAGGUUGUACGAGAUUCUUAAGAGCUCUGUCUUCGGCAGUUGUCUAUACUCCUCAUUAGCUAUGCAUUGGGAAUUACGUAAACCUUCCGCACGACGAACACAUACAAACAGCCAGCCACUGGCAGUACAAAGUCUGCAUACAAUUCUAAUCCUACAGCCCCGCCAUGUAGGCGUUUUACAAACGAUUGUAACUUAAUGCCAACUGCUCGCGAUAAAUUCAGGAGAAGACGACCGUACAAAAAUAGAAAAAUAAAAACUUUUGAAUCGAGAUUUCCUAUAUUCCUCAGCAUGAUAGCAACAUUAGGUUUAUUUUGUGACAUGACACUUUGUCUACUAUGUGUCUUGAUCUGAUAGGGAGCAUCUAGCAUUGAUAACAUGGUGAGUUCUGAAAAAAACCAAUGGGUGGGGCUUACUGCUGCUGCAGCACCAUAAAGCUAUUUGCCGGAUAAGUGAACGACGAGAACAUCAUGGAACCGUGGAGAAGAACGUUACUAAGUUUUCUUCUCAUUAGUGGUACAUACGUAUGGGCAAACUCGGGAGAAAUGAUAGACACUACAGUGAAUCACGUGACUAAUAACUGCUGUGAUCCCGAAAAGUACAGACAGCUACAGGAUCGGCUAGACAUUUUGGAAACGUCUGUACGAAACAUUGUCUCAGCAAUUGCAAGUCAAAAGAAAGGACCAUUUGCUCCCAUCAAUGCUAUACUGGAACGUGAUCCAGCUUUAAAUGCCGUUCUUUCGCCACAGAACAACGCGGGCGCUAGAAUAUCAAAAGAGUCGACUGUAUUACUGGGUGAAGCAAAACAGUCUGAAUUAGAAGGCAAUGCGACCAUCCAGCUAAAGAGAGCCUUAAAAUGUUCGUUAGCCCACUUGCUAGACGUUAAUGUUUCAGAAACAACGACAAGCCCAUCCGGCAAAAUGAAAGCUGUCUUAAACGAGAACAACUCACUCGAAAUCGAAUGGAUCCACCUUCGGUGGACUGCCUUAAAAUCAGUUCUGGUAUUUGGGUGAGAGUUUCUGAAUCAGGAAAUCAACAGCCCAACACGUCAACGACGGAAGCUUACAUAACUGUACCGCAUAAAUGUUUAAAAAAAAGACCCAACACUUCGUACUCCUUUAUUCUUCAUGGCUCAUCGUCCGGCGUCAACGGGGAAAAACGG